CCCGCCGGAACUGCCCCUGGAGCCGCCGCCUCGCCCCGGAACCGCUCGCUGAGGGCGGGCCGGGCGCUGCGCGGAACAUGGAGCGGCGGGACGGCCGCGCCGGGGGCUUCAGGAAGGACACCGUGGAGCGGCUUCUCCGCCUGCACUUCCAGGACGGGAGGAUCCGAGUCAGCGCCGACGCACAGCUGCUGCUGGCCGAGUUGCUGAAGGUGUUCGUCCGAGAAGCGGCAGCGCGGGCAGCGCGGCAGGCUCGGGCAGAAAACCUCAACAAGGUGGAUACGGACCAGCUGGAGAAGGUGUUGCCGCAGCUGAUUCCAGAUCCUCAUCUCUGACUCCUAUGGAAACAGCAGUCCCAAAGCUGUUGCUCUGAAAAGCAGUCUUGAUCCUAAAAAAGGUUCGAGUUCCCUAACACACACAAGCACUGACUGAAGAAAAGUGCUGGUGUGGAGAUCCAUAGUAAAGUAGUAAUUGAAUAGCAGCAGCAGCUAAAUGUAACUUUGUAUAGGAAAGGGGAAUAAGACUUCUUGUCUAGCUACUGAAGAUAGCAAAUUUUCAUUCUUGUGGUUCAAUGUGGCUUGAUUCACAGCUGUAUUACACAAGGGACAAGCACGGGCAGAACUGCCUGAGGAAACACAGUCAGCARUGUGAAGCCCCUACACUUAAAAUUGCCCCAGGAAUACUGACAUUACUGCUUGUGUCCCUAAACUCAUUUUCCCACGUCAGGUACUUGCAGGGGAUAGUUACGGUGCUAGCCUUUUACAAAAAAUGACACAAUUGAAACAGCUAAGCAAAUCAGCYAAGCAAAUCGUACUAUUUGAUGUCACCCAUGCUCUUCAAAAAACAAGGACUAGCACAUCUGAAGGCACCUCCCAAACACUACUGUGUAUUCUAGUCCUGGAAACCAAAACCACCAGCACAAGUAUUUCACCACCUAUCAUUAGCAAUUGCUCUUAGUUUCCCCAUAAUAUAUCCUGCAUAAAUUCAGCAAGGCAGCUCUAGCCACUGUCUACCUCUGAUUUGUGUGACGUUCCCUGACAGCAUGGGAACUAAGAUACUGACAGUCCUGUGGAGCUUAGGCUCAGCCCAUGCUUAAUCCACUAGAGAGUAAUAAACUUUAAACAUUAUUUGAAUGGUUUUUUUGUUUGCUGUGGUAUGUCUUUUAUAGCCUAUCAAGUGGCAGAAGGGCUUGCUUUGCACAGGAAGGAUUUAGAGUAGCAGCUGUACGUAGUGCUUCCACAUUCCCGCUGCCAGUGGCCGCACACAUUCAUUCCCUGUUUACAUUUGGGUGUCAUUUAUAUAAGAAAUCAAUCAACUCUUUUGGUAAAACAUUCUGCACUCCCUCUGCUUUGAGUCUCAUUUUUCCUCUUCCACCUUUCAUGCCUCCCCCUCCAAGUUUCUUCAAAGCAUCUGUGAGCAUUUGGAAGUAAUUAGACCUGAAGGGAGACAAUGACAAGUGCCAGGAACCCAGGAUGCCCUUUCUAGCCACUUUGAAGUUCAUUCAGAUGGUACAAAGCUCCGUUUUGCUUUGUUGGGAAAAAAAAAAAACAAACCUGAAGAGAAUAAGGCAUGACAGGCCUAUUGAAAAGGGAGCAGG